CCAGGACAACGGGCGUUGCCAGCGCCUUGUGACUCGGGGCUGUGGGCGCACUCGCCGCUCUUCGGCCAUGGUUUUCUCAAAUAAUGAUGAAGGCCUUAUUAACAAAAAGUUACCAAAAGAGCUUCUCUUAAGAAUGCUGUUCAGCUUGUUGUUAAAUUUUACUUGGUCUAAUCCAGAAUGUACUAAGUAUGUACAUAGCAUUGGUCUGGAUUCUUUUUGUAAUGUGCACUCCAUGGACUUUUUCAAGGACUGGUGCCUUCACCUCCUCCUGUCUCUGAUGCCUUAAAUAUGUUCAUUCCAAGGCAGCCUAACAGAAUAUUUUCCUUUUUGGAUAUAGUAACACUGUGCCGAUGUGCACAGAUUUCCAAGGCUUGGAACGUCUUAGCUCUGGAUGGAAGCAACUGGCAAAGAAUAGACCUUUUUAACUUUCAAACAGAUGUGGAGGGUCGAGUGGUGGAAAAUAUAUCAAAGCGAUGCGGUGGGUUCCUGAGGAAGCUCAGCUUGCGCGGCUGCAUCGGGGUCGGAGACUCCUCCUUGAAGACCUUUGCUCAGAACUGUCGGAACAUCGAACAUUUGAACCUCAAUGGGUGCACAAAAAUCACCGACAGCACGUGUUAUAGCCUUAGCAGAUUCUGUUCCAAGCUGAAGCAUCUGGACCUGACCUCCUGUGUCUCCAUCACAAACAGCUCCUUAAAGGGGAUCAGUGAAGGCUGCCGGAACCUGGAGUACCUCAACCUCUCGUGGUGCGAUCAGAUCACCAAGGAUGGCAUCGAGGCGCUCGUGCGAGGCUGUCGAGGCCUCAAGGCCCUUCUCCUGCGGGGCUGCACGCAGUUAGAAGACGAAGCUCUGAAGUACAUUCAGAACUACUGCCACGAGCUCGUGAGCCUCAACCUCCAGUCCUGCUCCCGCGUCACGGAUGAAGGCGUGGUGCAGAUCUGCAGGGGCUGCCACCAGCUGCAGGCCCUCUGCCUUUCCGGCUGCAGCAACCUCACGGAUGCCUCGCUCACAGCCCUGGCUCUGAACUGCCCGCGACUUCAGAUCCUGGAGGCUGCGCGCUGCUCCCACCUGACGGACUCGGGCUUUACGCUGUUAGCUCGGAACUGCCAUGACCUGGAGAAGAUGGAUCUGGAAGAAUGCAUCCUGAUCACCGACAGCACACUCAUCCAGCUCUCCAUCCACUGCCCCAGACUGCAGGCCCUGAGUCUGUCCCACUGUGAGCUCAUCACCGACGACGGCAUCCUGCACCUGAGCAACAGCACCUGCGGCCACGAGCGGCUGCGUGUCCUGGAGCUGGACAACUGCCUGCUCAUCACCGACGUGGCGCUGGAGCACCUGGAGAACUGCCGGGGCCUGGAGCGCCUGGAGCUGUACGACUGCCAGCAAGUCACGCGGGCCGGCAUCAAGCGCAUGCGGGCUCAGCUGCCUCAUGUGAAAGUUCAUGCCUACUUUGCACCUGUCACCCCACCAACAACAGUGGGAGGAAGUGGACAGCGACUAUGCAGGUGCUGUGUCAUUCUCUGACAGCAGCUGCUGGGCCCAUGGCAUCUGGACUUGUCCCAUUGCUCAGAGAAACUGGAGUCUGUCUGACUCACUCCACCAUUCCCCAAAUCUCGGGUCCACUGGGAAAGGAAGACAUCUGCAGGUAAAGCACUUCUGUAAGGACUGCAGUAACUCUGGUGACAGUUCUCACCUUUAUUCUACUGAGACGCAUCAGAUCAAAGCCUGGUAUCAAUUCACACUGGCAAGAGCACAGAUCAAGCAACUUGGAUCUCUAGGAGGUGGGUACCUGCCUAAGAUACACCAGUCCUCUCCUUGGCUCUAUCAGCAUUCUUCAAACAGACCAUCAGUGUUAGCACAAAUCAGCAGAAAAACUAAAAUGCUGUUUAUUUUCUACCUAAUACUUAAGCCAACGACUUAACUUUAAUUCACAAUGAUUCCAUUUCGAUUAGCAGGAUGUUUCCACUUUGAAGACUAAACAGCAAAUUUAUUUAUGAAGUAACUGCACUGCAAAUUGGUAUUGCUGGAUAGUUUCAUAUGUAGAAAACUUGUGUGAAAGGUGAGUUAACAGGUUUCAUAAGACACCAAAGAAAUGGGGACAGUGAGCUGGGUGGAGCAGGGUCUGCAUCGGUUCUAUCAACUAUCACCUUUGGGGCCAAAAAGUACACAAGAAAGUAACUGGGUUCUAGUUGGGAAGAAAACGGUAGCAAUGCGUUGUUACAGGAGAUAAAGAAAUUCCGUCAUACCACAAAAUUUGGGGGAAAUGAAGGCCUAGAGUUACAUAUACAAUAUAAUCAAUUAAAAAUAAUGAAUGGAUGCAUGUAGAAUGGGUGUGAUUUUUUUCCCCAAGUUUAUUUUAAAAUCUUAGAAAUCAAGUUACACCAGAACUAUUCAAAAGUUUUACACUUGUAAAAAUGAAUAAACCAUUGCAGUACUUUAUUGCUAUAUUCGUAAUGCAGACAAAUCUGAGCACAAUCAUUUUCCAAAGUCACACCUUCCUUCCUUAAUGCCAUCUCAAUUUGACGCUCCCUAUUCUGUACUGUCACAUCUGUGAACUUCUGUGGUAAAGGUCUCCUCAACCUGAAGAUUCCAGAGCUCAUGAGAAGAUGAAGCAGCAAAAACAAUGUAUUUUUCCCAUAACUAGCAACCAGUAAAAUUUCUAUUUGAUGGCCAGUUUUAGAAGCAUUUAGGAUACAAUGCCUUGCCUUUUUUAGACAACACAUAUAAUAGCAGAAACCAGUUUAACAGGAUUAUCAGUGCAAGACAAUAAAAUAAUCAGAACUUUAAUGAAUUACCCCAGCAUUUAUGAGCCUUAAAUUGUUAGACCCAGCAGUUAUUAAAAUACAAAUUUAUACCAAUGAGGGAAGGGCAUAUGUAAAAUGAUUGAUUCAGAAAUCUAAACAAAAGAACACAGAAAGCAUACGUGCUUCAGUGACGGGGGAUUAGUUUCCAUUGUAAAAUGACGAGUGGCCCAGGCAUUAUUAGGUUGAGCCAUAUUGAACUCACCUCUUGGACCACAUUUGGUCCACAUUUGGACCAAUGUGGACUCAGAACCUGUCUCUCUCUGAUAAAUACAGGUGUAUUUUAAAUUUUAAAUGAGACACACAUUUGCAAAACAGACAGAAAACAUUUAUUAUACUGAAAUGUGUACAUCCUACUAUUAAACAAAGUAGCAAAUUUGCUGGUGCCAUGAUUUAACCUGUUUCAGACUAACAUUCAGUGCCACUUGGUAUCAUGUCAAGUUUGAUGAGCUUUUAAAUGACUUAACCCCCACUUCUAUACCCUGAUGAGGAAUUCAAAGUAGCACACAGCAUUAAAUGACAUUUAUUGUUCCAUAAAUCUUGAGACAAAGGAAAAAAAGAA